AUGGUGCACGAUAAGCGAAAGGCGAUAGUGUACGUGCACGACGGCCAACAGACGUAUGCUACGGACGACUUGCCGUGCGGAACUGAAAACCCUAAAACAGAAUUAUUAGAAGAUGCUGUGUUUACUUGGUUUAUGCAAAAUAGAGCAUCUGGACUGCCUAUAUCAGGUCUUUUAUUGUGUGAAAAAGCAUUAUAUUUUAAUAAAAAACUUGGAGGGGAUUCAUCAUUUGUGGCAAGUAGUGGAUGGAUGAGAAACUUUAAAUCACGUCAUGGGAUUCGACAAAUUGAGAUUCAUGGAGAAAAGUUGAGUGCAAAUACCACUGCAGCAGAAUCGUUUUCUCAUAAUGUCCAGAAAUACAUCAAAGAAAACAAAUUUGACAUGGAUUUCAUCUACAAUGCAGAUGAAACGGGCCUCAACUGGAAAGCUUUAGCAUCGAAGUCCUUGGUGUCUCAACGUGAGGCAGCAGCUCCAGGAUACAAAUUAAGUAAAGACCGAGUAAUAGUUAUGGUAUGCGCAAAUGCUACCGGUACUCAUAAAAUUCCGUUACUUUUGAUUGGAAAGUCUAAAAAUCCACGUUGCUUUAAAAAUGUGAAAAUUCCAUUGACGUACAAAAGUCAAAAAAAUGCAUGGAUGAACGCCGAUUUGUUCAUAGAAUGGUUUCAACACACAUUUGUUCCUGAAGUGAAACAAUUUCAGCAAAAUAUAGGAAAAGAAGGCAUAGUUUUACUUUUGUUAGAUAACGCUCCAUCCCACCCUUCAACAGAAAUUUUAAAUGCCAUAAAUGAUAAAUUUGAAGUAAAAUUUUUUCCUCCCAAUGUUACUUCUCUGAUUCAACCUAUGGACCAGAGUGUUAUAGAAACAUUGAAAAGACUGUACAGAAAAGAAUUAAUGCGUCGCUUACUAUUAGAUAACCAAAAUGACGAGGAAUCAUUUUUAUCUUUUUAUAAAAAAAUGAAUCUGAAGGAUUGCUGCUACAUGCUUGUUGGAGCACGGAAAUGUGUACAAAAUUGUACUUUAGAAAGGUCAUGGAAUAAGUUACUGAAGCAAGUUGAAGAUACCCAAAAUGUGGAACCAAAUGUUGAAAUAGCUGAAAUACAAGAGUGUAUAAGCCAAGUUCACGUAUUUAGCGAUUGUGAUGAAGAGAAUAUUAUAAGUGAGUGGUUGCUUAUGGAUACAAAUGAUCCUGGAUAUCAAAUACUUUCGGAUGAUGAAAUAGUUCGUAACUUAUUUGAAAAAGAUGAAACUGAAGAAGAGGAAAAUGAAACUGACGAUUUGACUGAAGGUGAAAAUGGGCCGUCUCAUUCUGAAGCUUUUGAUGCAUUGGAUUUGGCGUUUAAAUGGUUUGAGAGACAAGAAGAAUCAAACACCACUCAAUUGUUGCAAUUAAGAAGAUUGAGAGACCUAGCUGCUCUAAAGAGAAAGUCAACUAUGAAGCAAACUAAAAUAUCAUCAUUUUUCAAAAUAAAAUAA